CGCUUCUACACACGUAUAUAAGCAUGGACGAGCACGUUCACCUGUCCAUUCCUUCACCCACACAAACAAUGAUUCAACUUCUAACACCAAUUCUCCUCUUAAUCGUUUUAUACAUUUUCUUGAACGUUUACAAGAACCACAAAACUAAAAGAAGCAAAAUCAAUCUUCCACCGGGAAGCUUCGGGUGGCCGUUUCUCGGAGAAUCUCUAGCGCUGCUACGAGCAUGCUGGGACGGAGUUCCGGAGAGAUUCGUUCAAGAACGGAUCAAGAAACACGACAGCCCUCUAGUGUUUAAGACGUCGUUACUUGGCGAACGUAUGGCUGUUAUGUGUGGUCCUGCUGGUAACAAGUUCUUGUUUGGGAACGAGAACCGGCUGGUGGGGGUGUGGUGGCCGUCGCAGGUGAGGAAGCUUUUCGGGAGGUGCCUGAUUACGAGUCGUGGCGAUGAAGCAAAAUGGAUGAGGAAGAUGUUGUUAUCGUAUCUUGGUCCUGAUGCUUUCGUGACUCACUAUGCUGCGACUAUGGAUGCUGUCACACGACGCCAUAUAGAAGUUCAUUGGCGAGGCAAGGAAGAGGUGAAAGUAUUCCAAACCGUUAAGGUGUACGCCUUUGAGCUUGCUUGUCGUUUAUUUAUGAGCCUGGAGGAGCCAAACCACAUUGCAAAACUCGGUUCCUUGUUCAACAUUUUCUUAAAAGGCAUCCUCGAACUACCCAUAAACAUUCCUGGGACACGGUUUUAUAGCGCAAAUAAAGCAGCAGCCGCCAUUAGGACAGAACUCAUGAUGAUUAUCAAAGCAAGAAGAGUUGAACUUGAAGAAGGAAAGGCGUCAUCUUCACAAGACCUCUUAUCACAUUUGCUUACAUCUUCAGACGAAAAUGGGAGGUAUUUAACCAAGAAAGAUAUUGCAAACAACAUCUUGUUACUACUCUUUGCUGGUCAUGACACCUCCACUGUUGCUAUCACUUUGCUCAUCAAGAGUCUUGGCGAACACCCUGAUGUUUAUGACAAGGUCUUGAAAGAGCAAUUAGAGAUUUCUAAAGCAAAAGAAGCAGGGGAAUUGCUGAAAUGGGAGGACAUACAGAAGAUGAAAUACUCUUGGAAUGUUGUAUCUGAAGUCAUGAGACUAAAUCCACCCGCCACUGGAGCCUUUAGAGAGGCCCUGGUUGAUAUCGAGUACGCAGGUUAUACCAUCCCUAAAGGAUGGAAGAUCUAUUGGAGUUCUGCAUCAACACAUAAGGACAAGGCUAACUUUGAAGAUGUGACACGGUUUGAUCCGUCAAGGUUUGAAGGCGCGGGACCAACUCCAUUCACAUAUGUGCCGUUUGGAGGAGGCCCUAGGAUGUGUUUAGGGAAAGAAUUUUCGCGAAUGGAAAUACUUGCGUUCCUUCAUAACAUUGUCACCAAUUUCAAAUGGGACCUGAUGAUACCUGAUGAGAAAAUCGAAUAUGAUCCCAUGGCUACCCCUGUAAAAGGGCUUCCAAUUCGUCUCUAUCCACGUCAUUAUGAUUAAUUAUAACAUGAAUUGAUUUGUGACGGAAAAAAUUGUGUAAUUUUACAACUAAUAAAACUUGCUAUCAGGCACAAGGAGAUGAUAAGUAA